AUGCUUUUCAUGCUAAUUUGUUUAAUACAAAUACAAAUUGGUCAAACGCACGAACGUUCAGCUGAAGACUGUGAGUUGGAUCUUAGAAGAGGAACUGCUGGUCCAAAUAAAGGAUUUAGAUAUUAUUAUGACAAAGAGCUAGCUAUGUGCUUCAAAUAUUAUUUCGAAGGGAAUGAUGAAGGAUACAACUCUUUCGCAACAGAAGAUGAUUGUUUUGCGUACUGUAUACCACAGGAUUAUAACACCUGUGGUGCCAAUAAAUCUCCAAAUGGCUUUUGCUCGGAUCUGAUGAAAUGUCCAGAUCAUUCGAGCUGUCGUUUUGGUGGUUUUGGGUUUGGAAUAUGUUGUGAUAAACAAACUGAAGAGGACUGGAAUAACGAUUAUACACCCAAAUGCGAAAACGGUGGUGAAGUAGUUCAGUUGGAGCGUUGGUGGGGAAAAACAGAACUGUUGGGCAAAAGCUGCGAUCACAAAUUCUGCCCUGGUGAUAGCACGUGUCAUUCGGGAAAAUGGUUAUCCUAUUGCUGUAAAAGCAGAAGUCGAGCAAACCGAGUUAAAGGAGAAUCAAGACAAAUCAUAGCAGCUGAUUCUCCCACACAAGCAUCUAUGUCUUAUUAA